AUGGUCAAGAUCUAUACGAGGAUGACGAGACACGAAGAACUACCUAGCCCUGAUGAACAAUUCACAUUUUCAACUCAUGUGAGCCUUUACGCCUCCACCAACCUUCAGACUCCUGAGCUCGAGGCUCAAUUCGCCCAGGAACGCGCGGAGUAUGAGAGCAUCAUCCAGGACACGGACCUCUAUAACUACUUCGGGAACCGCGUGGUCGAGUCGCGCACCACCGGGGGCAGGCUGGUCGCCGUCAAGGUCAAGCCGCGGCUCGCCUUCCACCGCAAGUCCCCGAAAUUCGCCCUCACCCACGGGGACCUGGCCGCGCGCAACAUCCUGGUCCACGGGGCCUUCGUCUCCGGGGUCGUCGACUGGGAAUACAGCGGGUUCUACCCGGAGUACAUGGAGUAUGCCCUGGCCACCGUCAUCCACGACAACAUUGAGCAGUGGUGGCUGCCCGUGCUGAAGGAGAUCCUGGAGCCGUGUGGCUUCCUGCGCGCCCGGAUUGUCUCCACGAUCAAAAAUCGGGGGUUUUAG